AUGAAAAAUCACAUAGCAAGCCAAAAAGGCAAAGAUAUAUCAAACUGCAAUGUAUCAGCCGGCAGCCAACCAAACUGGACAACUAGAGUCAGUGACAAUCCAUUUGAUAUACUGUCCAACUCAAUGUACAAGCAGCAGAGCAAAAUGCCUGGAAAUAGUCUUCACACAUACAGAGAGGCAGAAGACUCUGUCUUUGAAUCAAUGCUCAUGAAAAGCAAGGACAGCAUAAAUCAUGUGGAAAAGAAAAACAUGCAUGCAAUAAUCGCAUCAACAAUGCUUCUUACGGAAGAAAGCAUAAACUUUCAGGAAAAGCGGAUGCAUAAAUUUCCGUUUGAUAUGGAGACACGGAACGAUGGAUCUACGCUUUUCAAGAAGAUAUAUUUAGAAUACCUCAUAGCAGUCAAGUCAGUAUUCAAGAUGCAUAGAAAAACCAGAUUGCCGUUUUACAUGAAGUUCAAAAACGACUUUUUAAUGUUUGGUAACAAUCUAAGAACCACUACAGGGAUGAAGCAUGAGUUGAGUAAAAAUGAAAUAAGCUUUGAGGAGCACAACGACCACUUGAUUGUCAAUGAAAUGGACAUGUGCCUGGUUUUUGAUUGCAUAAUCAAUACGCCUGUUUCAUCGUCAUUUACCAUUCCUUUUAUUCUUUCUGAAAGCCAAUUUGAUAAUGGGAUUCUAUUUUCUGUGAGAUUGCACAGCAAGUGUAUAGUGAAAGAGGGUUCAAGAACUCUCCACUCAUAUGAACUUGUUGGUCCAUUCUGGGCAGACGAUUACACAGAACUGUUGAGCUAUAGCAGCAUCAAUGUCCAUGCAAAACACUUCUGA